GGGGUGCUUCCGCGGCAGUCCCGUUUUCUGCUUUUCACAGAAAGGUUGUACCGUGAUUGGGAAUAAUUUCCUUUCUAAGCGGGUGCUGUCUGCUGAGGGAAUCAAAGGCUGCCCACGCUUGCAAAGCUAAAGCGUUCCUCUGAGUUACGCCAAAAUACGCUUGUUAUGCUUCUAUUUCGAGAGGUUUCUCGCACUCAGUGGGAUAUUGUUGAAACAGCGAGGGUUGUACGUUUUAGUGGUAGGAUUUUCCCUCUGGCUGCAGAUACUAUUCACUCCUGUGUUUGAGCUCUGUGUAAUACAUAUGUUUAAAAUAAAAUAAUAAUAAUAACCCCCCUUUUCCCCUCACAGCUGCAGAUUUCCCUUCUAGCUUCUCUGGUUUCAUUCCCAAUUCACAGAGUAAAAAAACUUCCAGGGUUUCCUCUAAUGCUUUCUCCCUGUGGUUAGCUCUGCUUCUUGGCGCUGCUGUUUUCAGCUGGAGUUCUGCAAGCUGCCAGCUUUUCCUAGGUGGAAAAGACAUACUGUGGUGGGUGCGGGGUGGGUUGCAUUCAUUCACAGAGCCUGCUUCUCAAGGCUUUCAGUAAUCAUGUUCACCAGCAAAGUUUGGGGAAAAGCUGCCCCUGGCCAGGUCUUGAGGUCACGUUAUGAACUGGCUUUGCACAGGUGCAUCAAUGAGCACGUGCAUCUUUGAAACGUCUUGUGCCACUACAUCCACCUUGUGCUUCUGCCUUUCCUUGUUACAUUUUGAGUAGGUGUGCUGAAAUUAGUAGAAAUGGACCUUGUGGAGAACACUGUUUCCCUUGAACCGUACUUCUUUUGUUUUACAAGGCUUGAGGACUUCGUCCUCAAAUCUAAGGUCUGUGGUUUUUUGUGCCUUGGCCUGUGCUACAUAAUGCAGUAGUAUUUCAUGCAAGUAGGGAACAUGAACUCUUCUUUGUGACUACAAACUGUUGCUAUCAAAGCUUUUAUUGGUGCUGAAAAGGAAUUACAAAGUUUUAGGUGGAGUUCGAUAGUAUAUCCUAUUUUUGAUGCAGCUCUGUUUUUUUCUUCUAGGCAUAGAUGAAAAAAGCUUUUUUCUCCCCGUCUCACGUGUCAGUCAAUGGAGACUGAGGUGUUACCAUAAACCAGCUAUUUAGGAGAGAAUUGUAGCAGAAACCAAGUGUCUUCAUCUACUGUCCGUAUGAUUAAGGCCAUGUUAUGCUUCCACGUGUACAACAAGCGUUCUGAAGUGAUCCCUUGUGUACUGGAGAUAAUUAGUGUCAUUGCAGUUAGUGGGUUACUUGUAGGAAAAGCCAGUUUUUCAGUUUGUCUUCAGGGUGUACAUCUGUCAUAAUUCUGCUUUCUUCCCAUUCUGUCUCUGCAGCUGUUCAGUGUAGUUUAUUAUAGUGACACCCAUUAACAUGGGUACAGUUGUCUGUCAGAGUUUGAAUUACAAACUCUUUCUACCUGGACGUUUAUACAGCCCUUGAAGAUACUCUGGUAAGAAUUGUGCUGAAUAAAACCUUUGACCUGUGGAAGUAGGUUUUCUCAAAUGUAGUUAUUUUAAAAAGUGUUAUUCUAUUUCAUUAUUAGCAUGAGAAAGACUUUGACAUACUUCACAUCUUUCUCUUUGACCAUAUAUCUACUGGAGGUCACACUGAGUGACAGAAGGCUGUGGUGUCCAUGCCUGCUCAGUAGAAGCAUAAAAAGUUCAGUGGUGUCUAGCAUGCAAGAGUGUGUGUGUGUGUGUGUGUGUGUAUAUAUAUAUGCAGUAUAUGGGUAUAUAUAUAUGUGUGGAUGUGCAUCUGCAGUUUUAUAUGGGAUAAUGUCUGGAUUUUUCCCAGGAAGCUAGGGAAAAGGAUUCAGAUUUUGUUUAUAUCUCUGCAAUCCCCAUUCUUCAGUGUAGGUGGAAAAAAGGGAAAGAUUUUGGUAUUGCCAUCCAGCAUAGCUUCUGUUGCUUGUUGGUUCUUUUAAAUCAAUCUCUGGCUGAAGUAGGAAAUGAGGAGUGCGUGCUGGUAAUGCAUUGCUGCACUGGGUCAUGCUGCUGACUCUAACCCACUGCACUCUCAGCCAUGGCUGGGAGGUGGACAGAAGUGCCUGCAUUCGUGGUUAUUUGUGUAGAGUGAGAUGUUUGUGGCUCACCUUCACUUGGGUAUGUAAAUCCAAAUGUUACUUGGUGGGCUGAUACUGAUUUCGGAUUAUUGUCUACUCAUUUAAUUUGUGCAGCAUUUUACAGGCAUCUUGAAAAUGGUUUAUUGCUCUCUCUGAAAUACAGUAGCCAGAGGAAGCAUUUCAGGCAUUGUAAUCUUGUCUUAAACAUGAGCUGAGUAGCAAUUUUACCUGUAAGUCCAGAGUUAGCUUUGUAUGCUCAAAGUGUUCACCCAGUCAAUGAGUAAAACCCAGAGCUCAGCUCUGCAAGCUACCAUGAUGAACAAGAAUGCGUCUCUGGGGAGCAUCGUGCCUUCAGCUGCUGGGACGGUGCAGCAGAGCCUGUUGCAAGCUGUGUUGGCCUCACCAGUGCAGCCCUGCUGUGCCGGCUCAUCUAGGGGUGCUCAGUGUCUAAAAAGUCACAGCCUCUGCCUCAUCUGCAUCAUUUAUUGCCGUGGUGUGAUGGUGUGAAGUGCUCUUAGAUGCUCUGUUCACCCUCGGAGAUGUAGUAACAUAGCCAGCAGAAUCACAGCUGUUUCUGUAAAGCUGUGUUUGAAGGCUGGCAUUUGCCAGAGUCAACUUCCCCCCCAGUAAAUGGAUAAAUAGUACAGCAGAGUUCUCAGUAGAAAUAACUGCUAGCAUGCUGGGUGUUGCUCUGUUCAAUUGCCAGGUCUCUGGAAGGAUGGUUUUAAAGGGAAGAAACAAUCAUCUUUCCAGGAGGUGAAACUGAAAUGUUACACAAAAGUUAGUAAGGUUCUCAGCCGUAUUAAAACUGCCCUCUUACGCAGAUACAAACUUUGCCCUGUGCGAGCGUUGUCACGAGCUGUGCUGGGAGCACUCCAUUGUGGCACUGUAAGAGGCAGAAGUAGAAUCAGAGCAAAAAUACUCACCUGAGGGCUCCAUCUGAGGGCUUCUCUGCUAUUUGGAAUGGCAGUGAGCGUCUGCUUACUUAAAUGAAACAACUGUACUCAUCCCACUGGAAUCACCGGGUUACUGGGAAUUCACGUGUGUGACUGAAAACUUGGGGACUGUGUGGUUUGGGUGGUGCAGCAGCCUGCGUUAGGUUAGGGCUGCUGAACUGCAUUGCAGCUUACUCUGCAGUUGGGCAGUGCAUGGGCAAAUGCCCUUCUAGUGUGGGUGUGUGGUUUGGGAAAAGCAGUGACGGACGUGUUAGUGAUCGAAGGUCCAGCGUUCAGAGGUGCUGUGUGGCUGGCUGUUGCUCGCCUCAGAGAAGUGUUCAUUUUGAGAAGGGGCUUAGGAAGCGGUUCUGCGGCAUGUGUGGAUGAAGCAAAUGCUUGGUGGAAACUCCUGGGCUAAACAGCAAUUAGAUGGUUGCCCUCAAUUUUGGGGAAUUGAGCUCAGUAGCCUGGGUGGUCCCUUCCUGUCCUGCAAGUGUCGCAGGCUGCGUUGCAUAGUUUUUAUUGGAAUGAGUCUUAAGGCUUGGCUUAAAUGUUUCACCCUUUUUGUGUGAUCCUGCUCACGUGUGAAUUCUCUUUGCUUACAUGCAUAAUGAUCAUAGCCAGUUUGUACCAUUAAACCUGGUGUGCUACAGUCAGCCCUGAAGAGGCGCCUUUACUUCUGACCUGUUGGAGGUGGCUGACCUGCUUCUGUUUCAGAUUGUUUUAUUGAGAUUAGAGGUGAAUCAGAUGCACUAUAUUUACACCUGAGUGUAUUAAGUGUAUGUCAGAAUAUAGACAGGUGAAAAACACCGGCAGGUUCAUGACUGUAAAGGGUGAGAAUUUCAAAGAAAAGUAGCACACAAGUCCCAGAUUAGGAAAGAGGAUGAAAUUGGCAGUUUACUGAAAAGUUUGACAGAUUUCCCAUUCUGCCUUUUUCAGUAUGAAAAGAUCUUGUUCUUAGUUACAGAUGUCCCAUGAAGAAUAAGUUACUAUAGCUCUUCUCUUGAAGGCUAGAAAAACGUUACUCAAAUUCCCAGUAACUUCUCAACAGGCUGGCAAAAGCUGUGUGUGUGUGGUUGAACAGGGAAGGUCUGCACCUAGCUGCCACCGUCAGUAAUCCAUGUUUAUUUUUAAUGCAGUCCUCGUGUGACUUGGAGGUCACUGCUAACUAACAGAAACCAAUGACCUUUGGGGCAGAGGUGCUGUGGUACCCUUACGAGCUGUGUGGCUUUAAUUCGUAUGGGCUAUUCCAGUGUGACAUUUAUAAUACACAGUCUGAACUUUGGGCGUGAAAAUCUGGUGGGUGUUGUUUAAAAGGAACAGUUUAAAAUUAGUUUAGAAGUCAAAAAGGCUGCUUAUCACUUCUAGUAACAAAACUUUUAAGGGGUUAGUUGUAUGAGGUUUGAUGCUUGCUCUAAGCAGCCAAGUGCCACUUGGCGAUUUAGCUCCCUGUAAACUCAGGUUCAAAGGGAACAUGAGAUUUCUGGAUCGCAACUCCUGUUUCAUGUGCAUCUGUAAAAGAAUGUCACAUAAACUCCACUGAAUUGUGUAGUUCCUUUAGUGUUGUUUUUGAGGGGACAGGCUUUUUGAUGUGACCAACUUCAGCAACCUGACUAGAGCGAGCAGGUAGAUAAACUGCCAAAGCUGAUGCCCUGUACUUCAGGGAAGUAGCUGCUCUUCUGGCUUCCCUUGCUUCUUGGAGAGCUGCUGGAGACUGACUAGCUGAGCUUCAAAUGGCAGGGGUGAAUACCAUUCUCUCCUUUAAACAACAAUAAAAAAGAAGUGUAUUAUUCUUAUUAUUUUAAGAUACGUGGUACAAAAGAGAGGCUUUUGGCCUUUUCUUUAUUUUAUGGAUUUGCAGAAGUAUGGUUAGGAGGAGAUGGUCUCAAAAUACACUUGUCUGAAAAGAUGCAGAGGGGCAGAAUUUCAAAUUUCCUUGUUCAUCUCAAGCUUAUGAGUGUGUCUCAGUGUAUAUAUGCGAUGUAAUUUUGCUUUAGGGUGUGUAAUACUUUUCAGACCAUGUGGGAAUGAACUAAGAAGUGAGGAUUUUGACCAGGAAUAUACAGGUUGUGUUUCUGAGAUAACUUCAUUUUUCUUUAUUUUCUUCCGUAUUAUCUUUAGUUUAUUUAUAGGAGCUAUUUCCACACUAAGUGAGUAUGCUCUUCAGUAUUGUUAAUAUUUGUUUCGGUUACAGGAAAAGUACUGUGAACUACUGGAAGAAGUACCUUAAGGAACAGGCUGCCUGCUGUUUCCCGUGGAGAUCAUGAAACGACGUCGGCUUCCUAGCAGCAGUGAGGAUUCUGACGACAAUGGCAGUCUGUCUACCUGGUCCCAGCAUUCCAGAUCUCGACGUCGGAGGACUUCCUGUUCCAGGCAUGAAGAUCGAAAACCUUCUGAGGUGUUCAGAACGGACCUGAUCACUGCCAUGAAGUUACAUGACUCCUUCCAGCUGAACCCUGAUGAAUACUAUGUGCUGGCAGACCCCUGGAGGCAGGAGUGGGAAAAGGGAGUGCAGGUGCCAGUUAGCCCAGGGACCAUCCCAGAACCAGUAGCCAGGAUUGUGUCUGAGACAAAAGCUGUCACGUUCACACGUCCCAGGAAGUACAUCGCUUCGUCAGGCUCGGAGCCUCCAGAGCUGGGCUAUGUCGACAUCCGGGCCUUAGCAGACAGCGUGUGUCGCUACGAUCUCAAUGAUGUGGACGUAGCAUGGUUGCAACUUGCCAACGAAGAAUUCAAAGAAAUGGGGAUGCCUGAGCUGGACGAGUACACAAUGGAAAGGGUCAUAGAGGAGUUCGAACAACGGUGCUAUGACAACAUGAACCAUGCUAUUGAGACAGAAGAAGGACUUGGGAUUGAAUAUGAUGAAGAUGUUGUCUGUGACGUCUGUCAGUCUCCAGAUGGAGAAGAUGGCAAUGAAAUGGUGUUUUGUGACAAAUGCAAUAUUUGUGUGCAUCAGGCAUGUUACGGGAUCCUGAAGGUGCCGGAGGGCAGUUGGCUCUGCAGGACCUGCGCGCUCGGUGUUCAGCCCAAGUGCUUGCUGUGUCCCAAGAAGGGUGGCGCCAUGAAGCCGACCCGGAGUGGCACCAAGUGGGUUCAUGUCAGCUGUGCUCUGUGGAUUCCAGAGGUGAGCAUUGGAAGUCCAGAGAAAAUGGAGCCCAUUACAAAAGUGUCUCACAUUCCCAGCAGUAGAUGGGCAUUGGUGUGCAGCCUUUGUAGUGAAAAAGUGGGGGCUUCUAUACAGUGUUCAGUGAAGAACUGCAGAACAGCCUUUCAUGUCACCUGUGCUUUUGACCGUGGCUUGGAGAUGAAGACAAUACUGGCAGAGAACGAUGAGGUGAAAUUCAAGUCGUACUGUCCCAAGCACAGCUCCACCAAGAAAGCAGAUGACGAGACCUUCAGCGAGAGCCUGGGCCAAGAGAAUGGGAACGUGAUUCAGGACAGCUCUCUUCCUGCCCACAUCGACCCUUUCCACAGCAUGGAUCAAAACCAGGAGGAGGCCCACAGAGUCAGCCUCCGCAAGCAAAAGCUCCAGCAGCUGGAGGACGAGUUCUAUACUUUUGUUGAGUCUUCGGAAGUGGCUAAAGUGCUGCGGCUGCCCGAGGAGCCGGUGGGAUUCCUUUAUGAGUACUGGAAGCUGAAAAGAAAAGCCAACUUCAAUAAGCCUUUGAUUACCCCAAAGAAGGAUGAAGAGGACAAUCUGGCCAAACGAGAGCAGGACGUUCUGUUCAGAAGGCUGCAGCUCUUCACACACCUCCGGCAGGAUCUGGAGCGGGUGCGUAAUCUCACUUACAUGGUGACCCGAAGGGAGAAAAUCAAGAGAUCUGUUUGCAAAGUUCAAGAACAGAUAUUUAACAUCUACGCAAAGCAGUUGGAACAAGAAAGAAUUUCAGGUGUGCCUUCCUCAUUCUCCUCAAUGGAAAACGUGGUGUUGUUCAAGAGUCCAUCUUUGGGUCCUGACGCCCCUAAGAUAGAGGAUUUAAAAUGGCAUUCUGCAUUCUUCAGGAAACAAAUGGGCACAUCUCUAACGCACUCUUUGAAAAAAACACACAAGAGAGACAGAGUAAGAAAUAGCUCUGGGAACGACAGCAAAUCCAUGUUGAGGCAGCCCAGCCAGAGGGAAGGUGGUGCGGCUCCAGGUAGCUUUUUAAAUUUUGACAAGACCUUUGCAGAAACACGGAUUGUAUCAGCACAGCAGAAAAAUGGCGUAGUUAUGCCAGACCACAGAAAAAGAAGAGACAAUCGUCCGCAAUGCGAGGUAAUCAAGGCAGAACUAAAGGAAAAAACUUCCAAACACAACCAUAAACCACUGAGACCCACAGAACUCUCUCAGAGGCAAUCAGAAAACAAAAGGGCUGUGAACCACUCCAGUGGUAGGUCAGCACCUGGCACACGGAGAGAUAUAGUGCCUAAAUGCAAUGGGGGUCUUGUCAAAGUAAACUCUAAUCAGACAGUAGUUAAAGUGCCUACAACACCCACGAGCCCAGUGAAAAACUGGGGCGGAUUCCGAAUUCCAAAGAAGGGGGAGAGGCAGCAGCAGGGCGAGAGCCCAGAGGAGAUGUGCCACCAGAACUCCAGCUACCCCUACCUGGGUGUGGGCAAAGUUUCACCGAAGGACAGGGCAAAAAGCAAGCUAAAGCCGGACAGCGAGAAUGAUGGGUAUGUCCCCGAUGCGGAAAUGAGUGACUCAGAAUCUGAAGUGGCUGAAAAAAAAUGCAGACAGCAGAGGCUCAGUCCAAAUAGCUCUAUCAGCAGGAGGACGGACAUUAUUAGGAGAAGCAUUCUGGCAUCCUGACGGGGCAGCGUGGCACCAUGGUCAGUAAAGUCACUGCCUACAAGCCAACUUCACUUUAUUUAUUGGUGUGAGAGGGGAGAGUUCUUAGACAUGACUACGGACUGACAAAUUGAUAACCCAUUAUUCCUAUGCUGUAUAAACAUGUUUACAUCCUCUUAAAGCUGGAUUUGUUUGCUCCCCUACUCGUUCUGUGACAAGCUUCUAUCUCCUUUAUUUGCAACCUUCCCUGGCAAGCAGAGGAAUGACAUCACUACUAAACCAGGAUUUGGUGAUGAACACUAAAGUAACUCACAGAAACAUUUAGGGGGCUAGGGUGAGAAGGGGGAAGUAAGCUGCAUUCAUCCCUUUUAGCAAAACAGCACUGUUAAAAUUCUCUUAUCUUCCCCUGCUUUCCAGAAAAGCACAAGCUCUUAUUUUAACUAGUGUGUGUAUUGAAUCAAAGAUGGUUAUUUAUUUAACCAUACGUAUUGCACUGCUACACCCCCUUACAAAUGGUCACUUGCCUUGGAUUGGUGGUAGGUCUUUGUCCUCCGUUUCCAGAAUGUUUUUUGUUGCACUCAGUUUGAGCAUAGGUGGCAGCCGAACACCUUCCGCAAGCUCCAGUCUAGGUGUAACUACGUCUGCGAGAUAACCGGACUUAACUAGGGUGUUACACUGGAUAAAAAGGACAGGUCAGGGCUGCAGCUGCCAUACUGCAACAGCUUCAAGGUACUCAGGCUGAGUGUGUGGCUUAGUUCUGAGAAGGGGCACAGGCUUGUGGGUUCCUGGGCCCUCUCAUAACCCACAGCAUUUUGUCAGUCACCUGCCUCCUUAAAUACAUAGACUAUUUAAGAAAAAAAUAUUCUAAGGCACUAGACAUUAGGAUUUCCCAAAGCCCACCACGUAUGCACUAAUAAUGGUAUGUAUUGGGAAAGCCAAGCUUAUGACACUAAAGGGUUACUUUAAAAUGGACAUAAAUAUAUAUUUUUAAAUAAAAUGGAAAGGCAAUAAAUUGUGAUUAGCUCUUUACAGUCAAAUGAAUAAAAAUAUUCUAUUCUGGACUAGAUUUGAUGGAAGAUGGAACUCAUAUGCAUACUUUUUUUAAAUAAUUGCAAAUGGCAAUAACUAUUAAGCUAUGAGCAAUAAUACUAAUAGUUCAUUAUUGUACUUUUUUGUACAGAGUGCACAUGUAACUGGAUUGUUAGAAGCCUGUCAAUUUGGAAUUCUGCAUAGAUUUAAGUCAUGUAUGCAUGGGUUAAAAGGAAGUUUAAACAGGCAAUGUGCUACAGAAUUACAGGUGUAAAGAACAAAAUCCCAUUAUUUUCCACUCGUAGCCUGCCAUUGACACGUUCACUUACAUUUUAAUGUUAGACCCUUCCCUCUUGAGCAGGGAAAAGUUUAAAAUAGUAGAACUUUAAAAAGUAGAACUCUGCCAUAAAUGAGUCUUCCAGAGGAUUAAAUCAGAAAAAGGCUUAUUAACACCCCAUCUUGCUAUGCAAGUUACUGCUUACUUAAACAUUUUGACAGAAUGCAUCCCUGUCAUUUAUGUUUUAAAGUUUUAAGUCUUGACCUUUUGAUACUUUUGGGGGUGAUGGUGAGAAAAGGUUAUUUUGUUUAACAUGGCAUACUUCUGAAAUACCAUUGCUGGACCCCAGAAGUUGGAUUGUCCUCACGACUCGCAUAGGUUAAAAUUAAACAGGGCACGGUGAACAUGAAACUAUGUAGUCGCUCUUGGGAUGCGAUAAAGUGAAAGCAAUUACCUUAUCAAAAAGCAACCGACACACAAAAGGUAAGAAGUGCAGGUAGUUCUACUUGACAUGCAGCAACAUUUUCAAGGCAGGCACUGCUAUUUUCUGUAAGAAGCUCACGGCCAUGUAAGGGAAUUAUUUGUCAAGCCAUAGAUGGAGUAAUAUAAAUUUUGAUUCUAAGUAAACAUAUAACCUCACACCAAUUUGAAAGAGGUACCUUGUUAAUUUGCACUAUUAUAUGUAUGCUAACAUUGUGCAGAAUUAAUGCCUUACAGCUCCCUGAUGUUUAGGUUAAUAAGCUUUCUAACGUUUCAAUUUAUGCUGAACCAAAACCAAAAAAGCUCUUUUCCCCCACCCCAAUUACAAAAAGCUGUAAGAUGACUGCAGUGUGACCAGCUCUGUAGGAUAGUUUUGUCUCCCAUGCUUAGUGCUCAACAAAGAGGUGUCAUAAGCAGCAGUGACAAUACAAACCCAUGCCCUCUGUUCUAUUGGGAUAGACCAUUUGCUUAAUUUCUGUUUCUGAGCAUUACCUUUCCUUGUGCAGACUGACCAAGAAAUCUUUGAUUAUGAUUGGUGUAUUAUGUCAAACUGUAGGCUAGUUGAACUUUUCGUAAAGUUGCCUGGAAUGCCAUUUGUUAGGUUAUGAACUCACACAAAUCUAAAUGAAGGGUUAUACGUGUUGUGUACAAAUCUUAAUUUCAGAGAAUUGAAAAACUUGUCAUUACAUUUGUAAAACCUUGUACAGAAGAUUUUUCACUAUGUGCCUAGCUUUGGUGUCCAUUCAGCUGAAAUUAAUUAAAAAAGGUGCAUGAAGAGAAACAGAUAGAAAUAAAAAGUAUAUGUAGAGAUGACUAUUUUAUAUUACAUGGCCCAAUCCUGUAUUUAUUUUCCCCCUUUUUUGAAGUAUUUAUAAAGACCUAGUUGAAGACAGCUGUAUUUUUUUGUUAAAAUAUUCAGUAGAAUUGUGCCUUUUUGUCUGUAUGUGAAUAAAUGCUGUACAUUUUUGCAA